CAGAAGCCAACUUCCACUUCGGUAUUCCUCCCUCCCUCACAGUCUUAUACUCUCACUCUUUUCUUUCUCUGACCCUCUCUCCCUUUCUAUCUUUCGAAGGGCCGUCUGAUAGGAAGAUGAUGAACAGAUCCAGCUCUGCUGAGGCCUACUUUGCCCCUUCCAUGAUGUCCUUUGUUGGGCUGGAAGGCAGCAGCCUAAAGCACCAAACUUGGGAUUGGGAGACCAGCUCCAUCGACGCCAACACCACCACCACCCCAGUCACCACUAGCAACCUCCAAAGCCAUCCAUUCUUCCCCAACGUGCCCUUACUGGACUGCACCCCGCCUCCUUUGCUCCCCAUGACGAACAGCUUCCCCUUCUACUCGGCGCCGCCCCUGCCCGAAUACCCCGUGGGGCUCAUCAAGAGGGAAGACGGCGUCGGUGGCCGUAUCGGGCUAAAUUUGGGCCGCAGGACCUACUUCUCGUCCGGCGAGUCGCUCACGACGAGAGGGGUGUAUUCAUUGAGCCACCAGCCACCGCGGUGCCAGGCCGAGGGGUGCAGGACCGACCUCUCCGGAGCGAAACACUACCACCGCCGCCACAGAGUAUGCGAGUUCCACUCCAAGGCCACUGUCGUCGUCGUCGGCGGGUCGCAGCAGCGCUUCUGCCAGCAGUGCAGCAGGUUCCAUGGGUUGGCAGAGUUUGAUGAGGCCAAAAGAAGCUGUAGAAAGCGCCUGGCCGACCAUAACCGAAGGAGGAGGAAGCCUCAGCCCCCAGCAACGAUGGCAGAGCCCUCGGCCCCCAACAACGCAAACGCCAGCUCCCGAGGCCAGAAGACCACCAGAGACAGCAGUAAUCUCGGUGCUCCGAUCCCGCUCUUCUAUCAGCAACCUCUUAACGCUUAGAAUCUCUCCUCUUCUCAUGAUGCAUUUACCAUUGUGUAAUUGGACAGCCAGCACCAAGCCCACAGGUACUGUUUGUACCACAAAUGCAAGUACCAUGGUUGGACCGGAGGGCCAGCAAUACAAGGACGAAGGGCAGCUGUUGAGGAA